UUCGGAAAUCACUCCAAAACCCAUCCGUCUCAGAGGCAACGCGUCAGUCCAGCUCGUUCCUUGUCUGCUGCGCCCUCUCAGUUACCUUCUGCAGACGGCCUCUUCCGCCUCCUCCAUCACGACCUUAAACUACUCAAUAAUGGAUCGCCGCAUCGUGACGUCAUCGCUAUUGAUCACCGCCCUGUUGAUGACGUCAUCUCUAACGUCAUCGGCUGCAGGAGAGUUUCUGAUCGGCCAGUCACCGAGGAGAACGUACUCCGAUUACGACGCUUGGGCAGCUGACCUGCAACCGGGCUUCAAGAUCGUCCGGAAGAAGAAGGACGGCCAAUGGUGCUCGUGCAAGGUGCCCGCAGGAUCUUCCUCGUCCAGCUUCGGGCUCUGGGCACACUCGGGCGAGAUCGGGACGGGCAACCUCCCCUCCCACGAGCCUGAAGACUCCUCGCUGUUCAUCGGGAUUUUCAACUCCAAGGGAUCGCAAACAGGGCACCAUAAUUUCCACGGGUGAAAAUUUGCCGCGGAUUUUUCCCGAUUUCAGAUCAGUACGACCGAGAUUCGGGUAUCUAAUGCUGCAAAAUUACGUUGAUUUCAUUGACAGAAUUAAUAGUUUCUGGGUAUUCACAUUGUCACUGGAAUUCUGGCUAAUUGUCUGAUUUCCAUGGACAGGUUUUUCAUCGCUGAAUUUCCUUCAAUCAGAUAGCUAGAAAACUGAUUAUUUGUUUCGUGGCAACUUUGGAUGUCGAAAAAAGUAUAGUUAUAACUUAAAAAUUGAAAGUGCAUAUCCAAGCGAAAUUACAUAUUUUGAAAUGUGUAAAAUAAAAAAAUCUCCUCUUGAGUCCCAACAUUA